UGUCAACACAUCCUGUACGGUCAUCUCUCUCGUGGAUGAUUCAUCCUGCGCCACACCACACCACACCCCACCCUGCAAUCAUCCAUUUUUCACCCGCCCUCCUCUCCUCUCCUCUCCUCUCAUCUCAUCUGCUGGAUAAUAAUGUCGUCUCUCACCUCCAAUCCCCUCCAUUUCCCCCUCCUCAGAAACCCUAGAACCACUUUCACAAUCUCCAAUUCUCCGCACUUCGCCCUCUUCUCCAACCUAGCUUCUUCCUCAGACGAUUCCGCCAAAUCCUCGCUCCGCAUUUCCGCAGAUUCCUCUCCCAAAUCUCGUUUUGUCGCUCGCAGGACUGAGUCCGUCUCCGUCCGCCAGCUCCAGCGCCCGCUGAUUGAGUAUAUGAGCUUGCCGGCGAGUCAAUACUCGGUGCUGGAUGCGGAGAGAAUAGAGCGAGUCGAUGACGAUACCUUCAAGUGCUAUGUGUAUAGAUUCAAGUUUUUCACUUUCGAGGUUUGUCCGGUUUUGUUGGUGAGAGUGGAGGAGCAGCCUAAUGGUUGCUGUAUUAAACUCUUGUCUUGUAAGCUUGAGGGCUCCCCAAUUGUUGUUGCGCAGAAUGACAAAUUCGAUGCUUUAAUGGAGAAUAAGAUAACUUGCGGUGGCAGAAGGGGUGAUUCAUCAAUUCAAACAUUGACGUCUGAUGCAGUCAUUGAGGUCAGCAUUGAAGUUCCUUUUGCAUUUCGUGCAAUUCCAGCUCAGGCCAUUGAAGCUACUGGAUCCCAAGUGCUUGGACAGAUACUAAAAGCCAUGCUCCCUCGAUUUAUGGCGCAGUUAGUGAAGGAUUACCAAGCUUGGGCUUCCGGGGACACGUCGAGGCAGCCUCUUGGGACAGGUGAGAUCUAGAAGAAUUAAUGAAUCCAACCAGUUAAUCUCUACUGUAUUUAUUGUAGGUUCUUUGCUAUGUCUCCGUUGUGUUUUUAUGUUGGAUAUGAAAGUAUGUUAUUCCCUUAAAGUUGUUCACUUGGAACGAUGGUUCGUAAAUAUUAUUAAAAAAAUUAAAAUAAUGUACACACAUUAAUAUAAUGAGUUUGUUUAUUUCA